GUGGGGGAGCAGAGCAGGGUUGUGGGGCACCGGCUGAGCUGUGUGUGGAACGUGUAGGACUGGAAAUAUCAGAGGGGGCUGCAGGUGACGACUGAAGCAUCUUGCCAGAGCCGUAUGGGGGGAGCCCAGGACUGCACCAGCCUGGCAGAGCCGCACGUGCGAAGCUGGCGCAGGCUCUGUCGAAUCAGCUGUUGGUACCUGACUUAAAACGCACCAAAUCAGUCUGCUGCCCAUUUAAAAACGAAUCCAGCUGGAUUCCCCUGGGUGACUAAACGCCAGUGGUUGGGCUCUUUGCACCUGGCCUGAGGAGCUCGUGGAGAUGGCAGCUCUCUGCGCUUGGCUCUCCCGGGGCUGGGCUGGGGAUGAUUAAAUUCUGCUGCGCAACCAAAUUAGCCAAACUCUCCUCCCCCAGCUUUUCUUCAGGCUGGCCCCACCCUCUGCCCCCGUCUCUUCCUUCUCUCCCCCUUUCCUGGGGUUCUCCAUCGCUCCUUCUCCCUGCAGCUCGGCUGGACCGUUCCUGGGGAGAUCUGGUGCUUCCCCUCCCUGCUGUGUGUGCGGUUGUGGGCACUGGGCUGGUGUCUGUGCUUGGGGCGGGCCUGGCUCCUCCGGGGCGGGGGGGUCUGUGCUCAUGCUGUCUGUUUUCUGUCUCUCCACCUGCCUCCCCGCCACAGCUAGAGGAGAGCUUGCGCCUGAGGGGGCCGGACCCGGUGACCAAUGCUGACGUGGGUAUCCUGCAGCGGAAGGCUGUUGCUGUCUGGAAAGGCAUGAACCCCGUACAGCAGAUGGGUAGCGAGGGCAUCCCUGUGGCCCUGGGUGCCUCAAAAUACUCAACACCUCCCCACUCCCCCUGGCCAGUUGGGGUGCACGGCUCACCACGCUGCCGAACCCCUCUCUGAUGGGAGUAACUGACGAGGGGCUUGGAUCAGCUGCCUCCUGUGAAUGUCCCACUUGACAUCCCUGCAAAGGCAGGAUUCUCCUCCCCAUGAUGGAGCAGGAGCCAAACCCGUGACCCACAGAGUUCUACAGAACGGGAUGGCUUGUGUCAAGUUAACACCCACUCUGGCCCUGGGAGGAGCUAAUCCAAACCCUGCUGAACUCGCUGGAAAGGCUCCCAUUGAUUUCAGCAUGGAUCAGGCCCUGAGUUCCUAGAGACGCUGCUCAGAGAUGGUCUGUCCUCUGACUGACUGGAUAGGAGCGAGACCCCCCCCCCGUCUCCUGAGCCCCUGUGCCCCUCGUGAGACACAGCUGAGCCUCAAAUGUGUUAGCUCGUAAAUCACACCUUAGGGUUCCCAGCUCCCUCCGCCUCGUCAGAUCAGCCUGGCCCCGUUUUUACGUUCAUGGAAGGAACCAAACCCCGACCCAGCACGGGCUUGUGUGUCACAUCCCCAGGGAAAGCUCUGUGGUUUACGAGUCCUGUCACUGUUGCUUUAUACUAGGAAUCCCCAUUGGAGGUUGGAUGGCUCCUGGGUGGGAGCUCCCUGACUGAGGUCUGUGUGCAUGUACGGGAGAGACUUUUAUCUUGCGCAGCAAAUAAAUGAACGAACAGCUCCCUAAAUAGAUGAUCUAGUUUUUUCUGCCUUUGUUAGAAGAUGUGACAGGUAUUUUUAAUGCUUGUUAACAUGGCGUAAAGUCCCCAGAAGUUACUUUUCUCAUUGGUCAGCCAGUCCCACGUCAUCUUGUGCUUACCCCAAGGGUCUGUGCCCAGCAGUGGGAACUGGUGUUACUGGUGCGUCCUCUCUCCGUUAGCUCGGUAACCUUCCCUCCCAGCCCAGUGCAGACAGGUGGAGUCUUGUUCACUCCAGCCUGGUUUCUGACUCGUGUCAUGUAAUAACGCAGAUGAUAUUAGACCAGGAGUCUGCCUGCCCGUAUCAUGCAAGACGUGAUGUUGCCCUGGUGCGAAUUGCCCUGUGUGCCACUUGCUACAGAUUCCAGACCCCUUUCCUAGCCUUUACAAGGGCUGCCCUGAAGGGCCCUCCCACCAGCUUAGCAGCAUUGCUGCUGUUUAUCCUUUCAGGCUGUGGGAGCCCAGGAGGCUGGCUAUGUAUAGGUGAGCUUUUUUGCAGUCUUCUUUGCAAGCAAAACAUUUAAUCUCCAAGUCACUUGGGAUCGUAAAUUUGCAUGCCGGCGUCAGUCUACGCAGAGUUGCUGUCUUUGCUCUCAGAACUCUGUUCGCCUUUUGCUGGGGAUCACAGGGCAGUGACUUUUUUCUCACCCAGCCAGGGGUUCGGUGCAUGGUUUGCGUUGCUGUGUUCUCACGCAUGGGAGGGUUUGCUUUGCACGCCGCGGGGCUCUCUUCUUGUUGACAGCCAGGGAAGAGCAUGCCCACUUAGCAGCAUGCAGCCCCUGUGGCACCCGGGCUCUGUGCUGUGUACAUGGAGUGGUCCCAAGCACUGAUCUCGCAAUGUCUUUUGCUGCGGAAGCUGGAGCAAGCCAUCCGCUGGAGCUGUCGGGGGUUGGGCACCAAGCACGGGGAAGAGAUGGAGCUGCGGCGGAGGAACCAAAUGCUGGAGCAGGCCCUGCGCCUGGAGACCGGGGAGCGAGAGCGGGAGUCGCUGGAGAACAAGAGCCUGGCCCAGCAGAACAUCGAGCUGCGGCGCCGCCUGGAGGAGGAGCAGGCCGCCUACAAACGCAAGCUCCAGGCCUACCAGGAGGGCCAGCAGCGGCAGGCGCAGCUCGUCCAGAAGCUGCAGGCGAAGGUUCUCCAGUACAAGAAGAAGUGUGGGGAGGUGGAACAGCAGCUGCUGGAGAAAUCAACGGAGCUGGAGCAGCAGAGACUCACGAGCCGGCUGGACAUGACGGACUCGCGCCUGCGCCAGGACGAAGAGCACAGCAACGACCUGGAGAACGCGCUCAUCCGGCUGGAGGAGGAGCAGCAAAGGAGCGCCAGUCUGGCCCAGGUCAACGCCAUGCUGCGGGAGCAGCUGGACCAGGCCAACGCCGCCAACCAGGCCCUCAGCGAGGACAUCCGGAAGCUGACGACCGACUGGACCAAAGCUCGCAACGAGCUGGAGCAGCGGGAGGUGGAGUGGAGGCGAGAGGAGGAGUCUUUCAACACCUACUUCAGCAACGAGCACAGCCGGCUGCUGACCCUCUGGAGGCAGGUGGUGGGCUUCCGGCGCCACUUCAGUGAGAUGAAGACCAUGACCGAGAGGGACCUGUCGGAGCUGAACAACGAGCUGUCCAGGUCCGGCCGCACCAUCCACGCCGCCUGCCUGAACCUGAGCAGCAACCUGCGUCUGUCGGAGAGCAGCGCCAGCGCGGCCCUGGAGAAGCAGGCUCUGCUGCUGGCCCAGCUGGAGGAGCAGCUGAAGGACAAGGUGCGCGACAUGAUCCAGCUGCAGGUCAGGUGUGACAUGGAGAAAGCGGAGCUCGGCACCAGAAUCGCUGAGACGACGGCCACCGUGGAACGCUUGAAAGCCCAGAACUCGGAGAAGGAGAAGACGAUCGAGACGCUGACCCAGAAGCUGGAAAAUCUGGAGGCUGCGCGGGUGCAGGAGCAGGCAGCGCUGGAGGCUGAGGAGAUCGAGGCCUUGCGGACGGAGUCGGAGAUGCUCCAGCAGACCCUGCGAGACCUUGCUCAGGCCGUCCUGUCCGACGCCGACAGCGCCAUCCACCUCACAGGCACGGAGCGAACGACGGACGUUUCGGACAGCGACGCCACGGGAUUCAGCCUGCGGGGCCUCUCCUCCAGCCUUCGCACCCCGUCCCCGCUCCGGCGCUCCUCGCCCCGGCGCAGCUCCUCGCCCCGGCGCAGCCUCUCGCCAGCUUUCUCCGACUCCACGCUGGCCGUGGUGCACUCCGCCUUGCAGAAGAGGCAGCUGCAGGUGCAGGACAUCCGUGGCAAGUACGAAGCCAUCCAGGAGCUGGUGGGCUCCCUGAAGAAGCAGCUGGCGGAGAGAGAUCACGAGCGCCGGUCCCUGGAGCAGAAGAUCCUGCAGCUGAAGGACGACGUCGACUGCUCCUUGCGGGCCAAGGACGACGCCGUGCGGGAUGCCAGCCGCUUCCGCUCCUCGGCUGACCUGCUGGGCAGCGAGAAGAGCAACCUGGAGCGAAGCCUGCAGGCCCUGCAGCAGCACGUGGAGGCCCUGCGGCAGGAGAGCGAGAGGCUGCAGCUGGCCAACAGCGACCUGCAGCGGCAGCGUGAGCACCUGGAGGACGAGAAGGAAGACAUCGCGAAGGACAAGGAGCGGGCGCAGAAGGAGAUUGAACGCGGCCACAAACAGCUGGAGCAGCUGGAAGUGAAGAAAUCCGGCCUGAAAAAGGAGCUGAUGCUGGUUAAGGAGGCUCUGAACAAAGCCACCCUGGAGAAGGAGGUGUCUGAGAAUGAGAAGGUGGAGAUGGCGGAGGCUCUUUCCAAGGCGGAGGCCGGCCGGGCCGAGCUGGAGCUGACCACUAGCAAGCUGAAGGCGGAGGAGGCCUCGCUGCGCGACUCGCUGUCCAAGAUGAGCUCCCUGAACGAGGGGCUGGCCCAGGACAAAAUCGAACUCAACAGGAUCAUCAGCCAGCUGGAGGAGGAGAAGGUGGCCCUGCUGGGGCAGAAGCAGGAGGUGGAGCAGGAGAAGACCUCGAUCCGUGACGAGCUGGUCCGGCUGGAGCAGGAGAAGCUGGAGCUGGACGCGGAGAGGCAGAGCCUGCAGCACUCCCUGCAGGAUGUGGAGCGGAGCCGGGAGAGGCUGGAGCGGGAGCUGCUGGGCCUGCAGAAGGAGAGGGUGCAGCUGCAGGAGCAGCUGGGGCAGCUGUCCCGCCAGAGGAACGCGGCCAGCGAGGAGCUGGGGCAGGCGCGGCGGGAGCAGGAGCGGCACGGCGAGGCCCUGCUGCGAGCGGCCAGGGAGAAGGAGGGGCUGAUGAAGGAGAAGGCCAGCGUGGUGGUGCAGCUGGCGGCAUCGGAGCGGGAGAACAGGGGGCUGGCGGAGGAGAUCGCUGGGCUCCGGUCGGAGAAGGAUGCCUUGGAGACCACCCUCUUUGACAUCCAGCAGCAGCUCGCUCAGCUGGACGCCCGGAAGGAGCAGCUGGAGGCCGACAGCCAGAACCUGCUCCUGGCCAAGGAGAUGCUGCAGGUGGAGCUGGCCAGCGUCCGCAAGCAGAGGGAGAUGGACGUGACCCGGCUGGAGAGGGAUAAGGAGCUGCUGGCUCAGAAGUUGGCUCAGACGGAACAGGAGACCCAGGUCACGCUGAGAAACAAGCAGGCGGCUCACGAGGAGGACGUCGAUCGGCUCCAGAGGGAGAAGGAGGCGGUGCGCCUGGAGUUGGAGUCGGGGCGGGAGGAGCUGCUGCACCGGCUGGGCCACGAGCGGGAGGAGCUGCUGGCCCGCUACGAGGCGGAGAAGGAGGAGCUGAGCGAGGAGAUCACCGCGCUGCAGCAGGAGCGGGACGAGAGCCUCCUGCAGGCGGAGAACGAGAAGCAGCAGGCACUGUCCCUCAAGGAGUCGGAGAAGACCCUCCUGUCGGAGAAGCUGACCAGCGCCCAGCACAGCCUCGCCAGCGUGACCGUGGAGAUGGAGCGGCAGAAGCGAGAGGCCAUGAGCCGGCAGGAGCAGGACCGGAGCACCGUCAAUGCCCUGACCUCGGAGCUGAAGAGCUUGCAGGUGCAGUUGGAAGAAACCGUCGCAGCCCACGAGCGGGAGGCCCGGGGGCUGCAGGAGCAGGUCAAGGAGCUGGCCAGGCAGCGGGAAUGCACCCUCCGCGAGGUGGAGGAGCUGAAGACCCAGCUGCGCAUGGUGGAGGAUGCCCGGGACGGCAUCCGGCGGGACGUGCUCGAGGCCCACCGGAAGGUGCGGGAGAGCCAGGAGGGCCAGGAGAUCCAGAGGAAGGACAUCCUGGACCUGCGGCGCAGCCUGAGCGACGAGGCCAAGGAGAAGGAGGCCCUGCAGAGAUCCAACCAGGAGCUGCGGGCUGCCGUCAAGCGAGCGGAGAGCGACCGCAUCAGCUUGAAGCGGGCCAACGAGGAGAAGGAGCAGAAGCUGGCCAUCCUGGAGGAGGCGCGGGCGGCCGUGGGCAAGGAAGCCGCCGACCUGCGGAGCAGCCUGCAGGAGGUGGAGCGAUCGCGGCUGGAGGCCCGCAGGGAGCUGCAGGAGCUGAGGCGACAGAUCAAGAUGCUGGACAGCGAGAACACCAAGAAGAACAAGGAGGUGGCCGAGCUGCAGGCCCGGGUGGCGCUGGACGAGCAGCGGGAGGAGGAGAGCCGGCGGGAAUCCUUCGGCCUCAAGCAGAAGAUCGUGGAGAGCGAAGCCAGCAGGGAGUCUGCCAGGAAGGAGCUCCACAACCUGCAGCGGAAGCUGUCGGAGCAGGAGGGUGAGUUCCGGGUGCGGGAGAAGGACCUCCUGGGCAGCCUGGAGGAGGCCCGCGGCAAUGAGAAGAAGCUGCUGGACAACGCCCGCAACCUGGAGAUCAAGUUGGAGAACGCGCAGGCCGAGGCGGCGGAGCUGAGCCUCCGGCUGAGCGCCGCCGAGGGCCGCGCCCACGGCCUGGAGGCCGAGCUGGCUCGAGUGGAGGGUUUGAAGCGGGACGUGGAGUUCAAGCUGGGGAGCCUGCAUUCCGCCCUGAGGCGCACCAUGGGCAUCAGCCGGGGCGGCCGGGCCCCCAGCCCAGCCAUCAGGGGGCGUAGCGGCUCCCCCAAAAGAUUCUUCUCCCCUGCCAAAGGUGACAACACGUACAGCACCACGGACGGGCGCGGCAGCCCCACCCCACGGGCGGGCAGCCCCGAGCGCAGCCCCAGCUCGCGCCCCCUGUCUCCGGAGCGUGCCCUCUCGCCCAGCCGCAGCGAGCAGCUGGUGGCGGAUAUCGACCCUGACGUGGUGCGGGCCGCCCUCCGGGACUUCCUGCAGGAGCUGCGGGAGACCCAGCGCGAGCGGGAUGACCUGCGGGCCCAGCUGGGCAGCCGGACCCGCCAGCUGGCCGAGAUGGAGUCCGAGCAGGACAGCGCCAGCACCCGAGUGCAGCAGCUGCAGAAGCUCAUGGCUGAAAGCGAGGAAGGGAGGCGCAGCGCGGAUGGCAAGCUGAGCAGCGCCCAGACCGCCCUCCUGCUGCAGGAGGAGACCCUCCGCCGCACCGAGCGGGAGCGCAAGGCAUUGAUGGACAAGGUGACGGCGCUGGAGCGGAGCCUGCAGGCGGCAGACAGCGACCGGCGAACCACCCAGGAGAAGAUCAGCAAGAUGAAAGCCAACGAGGCCAAGCUGGAGACCGACAAGCGGCGCCUGAAGGAGAUCCUGGACGCCUCGGAGAGCCGCUGCACCAAGCUGGAGCUGCUGCGGCGCUCGCUGGAGGGGGAGCUGCAGAGGGUGAAGCUGGUGCUGAGUGACCGUGAGAUGGAGAUCCAGGUGCUGCAGGACCGCGGUGACACGCUGCAGAGACAGGUCACUGACAGCGAGACGAAGGCCAACGCCCUGCAGCUCUCCGUGGAGCGACUGCACCUCACCCUGGCCAAGGCCGAGGAAGGCGAGAGCGCCCUGAAGGACAAGGUGCAGGGCCUGGCCCUGUCUCUGUCGGAGAGCAGCGCCAGCGCCGGCGCCACCCAGGAGAGAGUGCUCCAGCUGCAGAAGGCGCUGACAGCCAGCGAACAUGAGCGCCGAGUGCUGCAGGAGCGGCUGGACGCUGCCCGCCAGGCGGUCUCGGAAGCCAAGAAGCAGAACAGCGGGCUGGCCGACCGGGUCCAGGGGCUGAAGACCGAGCAGGUGGAGCUGGAGCUGCAGAAGGAGGAGCUCGAAGGGCAGCUCCGGCAGCAGCAGGAGCUGCUGCGCCAGUGCCAGGAGAGCGGGAGCGCGGCCCUGCGGAGCCUGCAGAAGCUGCAGGAGGACAAGCACCUGCUGCAGGAGCGGCUGGGCAGCCUGCAGCGGGCGCUGGCCCAGCUGGAGAGCGAGAAGCGGGAGGCGGAGCGCUCCUCCCUGCGGCUGGAGAAGGACAAGAUGGCCCUGAAGAAGACCCUGGACAAGGUGGAGCGUGAGAAGCUGAAGACUCACGAGGACUCGGUGCGGCUGUCGGCGGAGAAGGGCCGGCUGGACCGUUCCCUCAACACGGUGGAGCAGGAGUUGGCGGAGGCUCAGCGUCAGAUCCAGCUGCUUGAGGCUCAGGUAGCGGAGCUGGAGCAGAGCCAGGCCCAGAGCCUGGUGGAGACGGCCACCCGCCACCGGCAGGAGCUGCAGCUGGAGGUCGAGCGGCUGCGCGGCUCCCAGCUGCAGGCGGAGCGCACGCUGGAGGCCAGGGAGCGAGCGCACAGGCAGCGCGUCAAGGGGCUGGAGGAGCAGGUGAGCUGCUGGAAAUUGACUAGCCGCGAGCGAGCGCCCCUGCCGCCAGGGUCCCUACAGCGCCCCCUGCUGGGAGAGACUGGGCCUGGAGCAGCUAUCUCCACGCUGAAGGAUCAGCUGCAGCAGGAGCUGCGGCGGUGCCAGACCCAUUACUCUCACUCCUCCCUCCUCUCAGGGAACUAGGCUCCCUGCCUCUCCCUACCGUCACUGUGACCAAGGAGCCUUCAGUGCUAAGCACCCGCCGGCUUUAUGCUGCAGCCCUGCGGCAGGGAAAUUGGGUUUGUAUAGAGGGGGGGAUGCCCCUGCCAUCACCCUCCCCAUAUGGCCCUGUGGAUUCCUUGGGGGCUCAGACCUUUACAAAAGACCAGCACGCGCGCACGUUCCCCUGAGCGCGCAUCGAGUCGGGCUGACAUGGAAUCGGGGAGCAUCUCAGAGCUGCUAAUU